AUGUCCAAGGAGGAAGAGGAGAAAUAUAAAGAAGUAACGAUAGGAGAGCAAGGAAUUUUUAAUUUAAUACACGAAGCAAAAGAAGCCAUUAUUACUUUAACUAUUUAUGAGAAGGAGAUUGACUUUGAAAUCCAAAAACUAACACCAACUCCAAAUCAGCGGCACGGAUUACCAGCGGAGAUACCGAUGCCAAUUCCACCUACUACCUAUGGUAAUGUCAAUCUCCCUCAGUUAUCUUCGCCUAUUUUUAAUGGCGAUCAAAACAAUGGAGAGAAUUUUAAAGGAGCUUUAACUGUAUCAUAG